AUGAGUGUGCAUAUCCGGACAUGUAAACAAAUUGAUAAACAUAUGAGAUCACAGCCUCCUUUUCUCUUUGUCCGUCCUUUUGCCAUUUUCAUGCCCUAUUUGCAGAAGAAUCUUCAGCUGGAGUUUUCACAUUCUUGGACCCAGAAAGUAUCAGCCUUGAGGUACAAACUGGAAAUAAACCUGGCUCUUCUCAUUCCGAUAAUCACAGAACUUGAUUUCUUUUGUCUUUCUCUCACCAAGGUUGAGGGAAUCCAUCCAGAAUGCAAGAUAUUCCAACAGGUGGUGAAAGAGGAAGCUCUCUGCUUAGAAAAGAAUGAAUCUGUUUCACCUGGUCUUCAAGGAUGUGCCAGAGAUUGGGACGGUCUAACCUGCUGGCCCAGAGCCACUUUUGGGGAAGUGGUUAAAGUUCCUUGUCCAAGAUUUUUUGAAGAAAUCACCAAUAUUCAUGGCUUCCUUCAGAGAAACUGUACACAGGAGGCAUAUUGGUCAGAACCAUUCCCACCAUACACUGUUGCCUGUGGAUUUGAUGAAGGUUCCAGUAAAGGGCCUGAGGAUCAGAAAUCAUAUUAUUCUGCAUUUUGGCGUGUCUACACUGCUGGCUAUGCAGCAUCAGUGACUUCACUCAUUACAGCUCUAAUUGUCUUUGCUGCCUUCAGAAAAUUCCACUGUACACGGAAUUACAUCCAUAUGCACCUGUUUGUCUCCUUUAUCCUGAGAGCAGUUGCUGUUUUCACCAAAGAUGCCAUUUUGUUUGCAGAUGAAACUAUGGACCACUGCCUAAUGUCAACGGUUUCUUGUAAGGCUGCUGUGGCAUUCUUCCAGUUCAGUAUUUUAGCCAAUUUCUUCUGGCUUCUUAUAGAAGGGAUAUACCUGCAAACACUACUUUUGCUAACCUUUGUUUCAGACAAGCAGUAUGUAUGGUGGUUCAUAUCUACUGGUUGGGGAGCUCCUACUGCUGUGGUGUUUGCUUGGGUCCUCACAAGAAUCCAUCAACAAAAUACCGGGUAA